GCGGGAGCGGGGGUAGCGUUGGCGGCGGCGGCUCCUCCUCGGCCAUCCCCUCGGAGCCGUGCAGCUGACGCGCAUGGCGAAGACAGCGGCGCCUACCGAUGGGAGCAGCGGUUCUCAACUGGACCCGGUUGGUGGCCUGAAUGUAUUAGCUUCGCUGCGUCUGCCCAAGAGAAAUAAGAAUGUCUAAGCCCCUGGAGGCCGAGAAGCAAGGUCUGGACUCCCCGUCAGAGCACACAGACACUGAAAGAAAUGGACCAGACACUAAUCAUCAGAACCCCCAGAGUAAGACCUCCCCGUUCUCCGUGUCCCCAACUGCCCCCAGCACCAAGGUGGGCAUUCUCUCUGGCCUCCACUUAACAUUCUGGGGUCCCGGACCCUGCCUCUCUCCUCCCCAGAUCAAGGCUGAAGACCCCAGUGGUGACUCAGCCCCGGCAGCACCCCCACCCCCUCAGCCGGCUCAGCCUCAUCUGCCCCAGGCCCAACUCAUGUUGACAGGCAGCCAGCUCGCUGGGCUCACGGCGCUGAUGCCGGCUCAGCAGCAGCUCCUCCUGCAGCAAGCGCAGGCCCAGCUCUUGGCCGCCGCCGUGCAGCAGUCCAAUGCCGCCGCUGCUGCUGCCGCCGCCUCCUCCUCCGCCUCCUCUUCCUCCUCUUCCUCUGCCUCCUCCUCGACCUCGCAGCCCCCAGCCUCCUCUGGGGGAGGUGACCUGCCACCACCACAGCCUGCCAGCCAGCCCCCUGGGACCCCACAGCUCACCUUGUCCCAACCCAUCCAGCUCACAGCACAGGACAUACAGCAGCUCCUCCAGCUCCAGCAGCUGGUGCUUGUGCCAGGUCACCACCUCCAGCCACCUGCUCAGUUCCUGCUCCCACAGGCCCAGCAGAGUCAGCCAGGCCUCCUACCGACACCAAAUCUAUUCCAGCUACCUCAGCAAACCCAGGGAGCUCUUCUGACCUCCCAGCCCCGGGCCGGGCUUCCCACACAGGCCGUGACCCGCCCCACGCUGCCCGACCCGCACCUCUCGCACCCGCAGCCCCCCAAAUGCUUGGAGCCACCAUCCCACCCCGAGGAGCCCAGUGAUCUGGAGGAGCUGGAGCAGUUUGCCCGCACCUUCAAGCAACGCCGCAUCAAGCUGGGCUUCACGCAGGGUGACGUGGGCCUGGCCAUGGGCAAGCUCUACGGCAACGACUUCAGCCAGACAACCAUUUCACGGUUCGAGGCCCUCAACCUGAGCUUCAAGAACAUGUGCAAACUCAAGCCCCUCCUGGAGAAGUGGCUCAACGACGCAGAGACUAUGUCUGUGGACUCAAGUCUGCCCAGCCCCAACCAGCUGAGCAGCCCCAGCCUGGGUUUCGACGGGCUGCCCGGCCGGAGACGCAAGAAGAGGACCAGCAUCGAAACAAAUGUCCGCUUCGCCUUAGAGAAGAGUUUUCUAGCGAACCAGAAGCCUACCUCAGAGGAGAUCUUGCUGAUCGCCGAGCAGCUGCACAUGGAGAAAGAAGUGAUCCGCGUCUGGUUCUGCAACCGGCGCCAGAAGGAGAAACGCAUCAACCCCUGCAGCGCGGCCCCCAUGCUGCCCAGCCCCGGGAAGCCGGCCAGCUACAGCCCCCAUAUGGUCACACCCCAAGGGGGCGCAGGGACCUUACCAUUGUCCCAAGCUUCCAGCAGUCUGAGCACAACAGUUACUACCUUAUCCUCAGCUGUGGGGACGCUCCACCCCAGCCGGACAGUCGGAGGGGGUGGGGGUGGGGGCGGGGCCGCGCCCCCCCUCAAUUCCAUCCCCUCUGUCACUCCCCCACCCCCGGCCACCACCAACAGCACAAAUCCCAGCCCUCAAGGCAGCCACUCAGCUAUCGGCUUGUCAGGCCUGAACCCCAGCACGGGAAGCACAAUGGUGGGGUUGAGCUCCGGGCUGAGUCCAGCCCUCAUGAGCAACAACCCUUUGGCCACUAUCCAAGCCCUGGCCUCUGGUGGAACCCUGCCCCUUACCAGCCUUGAUGGCAGCGGGAACCUGGUGCUGGGGGCAGCUGGCACAGCCCCAGGGAGCCCUGGCCUGGUGACUUCGCCACUCUUCUUGAACCAUGCCGGGCUGCCCCUACUCAGUGCCCCACCUGGAGUGGGCCUGGUCUCUGCAGCGGCUGCAGCCGUGGCAGCCUCCAUCUCCAGCAAAUCUCCUGGCCUCUCCUCAUCCUCUUCAUCCUCCUCAUCCUCUUCUUCCUCCUCCACUUGCAGUGAGGCAGCAGCACAGACCCCUGGAGGCUCAGGAGGACCCGAGGCAGGGUCCAAGCCUGAGUGAGGGCCUGCCAUGCCUCUCCUCCCACUCCUCUGACCCCCACUUAGGUCCCUUGCCUGGGAAGAGGGCGAGGAGGCCAGCGAUGGGGAUGCAGAGUGUCCUUGGAGCAGGAGUGACAAGGGAGGAAAGACCAAAAAAUAGAAACAACCCAACCAACCAAAAAAAAAAAAAAAAAGUAAAGAAACCAACAAAAAAGAAAACCAAAAAUAAUCACAACAGAAACCAGCGGUCCAAAGGAACCAGAGGUGAAAACAAAGAAAACCAAAAACAAACCAACCCCCCCCCCCAAAUCAAACAAACCAAAAACCAGUUGCGAGCCAGACCUCAGUGUGCUCACCCUCACUGCUAUGACACCAAAUACUAACCCCAGCCAGGGGCGGAGGAGUCUCCAGUAGGUCGGACCUUACACACGAGCCCUGGCUGUGGGGCAAACCCCCAACCCUGCCUCCCCCAGUGGGGGCUAGAGAAGGAAAAAGAGAAUAUACAGCUUCCUGGCUCCAGCCUCCAGCCCUGGGCCAGCGAAGACAGGGCACAGCCUAGGGAAGAUGGGCUGGGACUCAGAACCACCUGCCAAAUGUUCUUUUCUAGAAGGUGAAAGAGAAAGGGCCUGAACAACUUUACACCAAAUAUUCAGUAGCUUCAUCCAAAGGAUGUACAGAAUUUUUAGCGUUAUGCUCAACAGAAUGUGUCCCUACCAUGUGUUCCCCCUCUCCCUGGCCCCCCACUUCUCCGCAUCUGGGCAGGGGGUCUCGCUUUAACCUUCUCCCUCCUCCCAGCCAGGGGAGAGUUCAGGGGGAGGCCUGGGGAUGACUUUUCAUCCCCUGUUUCUCCCCCUCUUCUCCCUUGAAGGGUGGGCUAGGCCAUUUUGCCAAGUUGUAGCUCUCAUGAGUCCCUCUUCACCCUCCUCUGCUCUAGAAUCUACCCCCUUCCCAGCCCAUGGAAAUGUGGGAGUUCCAGGCAAGAGGGGAUGAGGUGAGGGCAUUCAAGUCGUCUUUUUUUUUUUUCCAUCUUGUCUGUCAGUUUCCCUGAAAAAAAAAAAAAUUCAUAUUCCAGUGCCUAUCCGUGGGAUCCUUCACGUUCUUUGACAUUAACCAGAAACCAAAAAGAACUCACCUCACUCUUCCCACCCUGUGCCCCCCUGAUACUGCUGAAUGCCUCCACCCCACAUGCACAUACACUCAAGCACCCCAGUGGUGGGGGUUCUCAAGAUGGUGUCCCCAUCAGGGUUCCUGUGGCAGGGACAGUGCCAUGACCUAUGGUCCCCAUCUGAGAGGGCACAGUGGUGGCCACCUCUCCCACGAGACCUCCACAAGUCUUGGCUGGACCCUGUGUGUGCCCAGCCCUGGAUUCGUCUCAGCAGUGGACAGAGGAGAGAUGCCCUUGGGAGCCACCUCACCCUUCUGCUAUUGCAGAGGCCAACGAAGUUUUGAACCAAAAAACAAAACCAGAAAACCAAACAAACAAUAAAUUUAAACUAGAAAAAGAAAGAAUUUAUAGAUAUAUAUAUAUAUAUAUAUAAAGGGAAAGAAGAUGAGGACUCUUCAAGAAUAAGAAGGAGUCGCGAGGUGGAGCCAAGCCCCUGCACCAGUGGUCCAGGCCCUUGGUCCCCAGCGCGAAUGGAAGGAUGGAUGCUUCUUUCUCUUCAUAAAUACCUCAUGGACGUCGUCUUCGGGAAAGCCGGAGGGAGGCGGCUGGGGCAGGGCCUGUCCCUCAGCCAGGGCUGAUGGAAGCGGGUGGGUGGGGCUGAGUGAGGGUGUCAGGGACAGGGGUGAAAAGCCCCAAACUCCCCGCCCCCCCAAUCAACUGAAAAAGCUUUAAAAAAAAAAAAGACAGGAAGAAAAAGGAGUAAGAGCAAAAAGAAUGGACGAAGGAAAACU